GUUCGGGGUUGUCUACUAGUCGCGUGUGAGGUGGUUCUAUGUCCCCGCGAUCGCGAAAUUCAAGCAUCUUGGGUGUCCUGCCUAACCAAUCCAGUAGUGUCUAGUGAAUGUUAACCGCAGACAUAAUAACAAACUAGAAUGUGGCGAUACGACACGUUCCAGUAGCCAAUCAAAAAUUCGCUGCGGUCAUUGCAUACGGAAUAGAAGGUGCAUAAUUUUCAAGAGUCUCGUGUACUCGGUAUUCUCCAAAGCUAAGCAACUCGGCCUAGGUGAAGAAAAAGAAGAGGUAUAAGGCGUACGUAGGAAAGAGAAACAACCCAUCGUCAGCUGACAGUUGUUGAGGAAGGCAAACGUCAAGGUGUAGCCUGUUCGGUUUCGCAGCGCGACAGAAAGAGAUAGAGUGCGGGUCACAUCGAGAAAGGAAACCAAAACAAACACCGCCAUAAAAAGCGGCUGGAUUACUACUACACCCCUACACCCUAGGUGCACAAACACAGUCCCGUUAGAUAGCAGGUACCGCGACAGUGCGUCGUACUGCGUUGGUAGUACGUUUAUUCAUCAGUAACCCAUUCAUAGCGGUGCCGUAGGAGUGUUCGUGUCGAUUGGCAGCAUACCGUGGUGCCAGCGUCUCCGAAUUCUGAAAGAACUCACAAGUUGAACGUUACGACAAAACCUGCAUUAUUUGUGACCUAUAAAUAACGACGGCUAGUGGACGCUCCGUGAACGUUUUUCACAACCGAUCAACGACUGAGAAAGCAUAAUGAGUAACCGGGACAACAGUGUCAGCCUAGCCAAACUUAAGGGACAGAAGUGGAGAGCAUUUUCUGAACUCGCGAGUAAAUUAACCGGAUUGGAUUCUGAUGAUGAGGACGUCCCAAUCAGUGAGUUCACCAGUGAGCAUCGCAAGUCCUCCAAAAGCCACGGUGGCCACCAUAAGAGCUCUAAUAAAUAUUACUCGUCAGCGUUUGCCACAUCGACACUGUCGCUGGCUGCGAGCAACUUUAGCAAUGCUUCUAGAAGCGGAAUACGCAAUCGUCAUAAGGGCAGCGUUAUGCGAUUGGACAAGGCUGAUAUGGGUCUCUACGGUUUGUGCCCGGAGACAGAUCCGUUUUAUGCCGUAAUCUGUGAUAUGUGUGGCAGUGUGGUCAAACCUCAAGGCCUCCAGAAACACAUGAGUAAUCGACACCAUUCCUACUACAGCCAUGCCUCGAAAAGUUUAUCAUCGUCGGCAUCGCACAGUAGUCGAGAUCAUCACUCUUACGGUGAAACCCCGCCGAGAAGUAGUAGCAACUGCAGUGACUCCAACCGGACAGAAAAGGUGCAUCAGUCCAACAGCAUCUCCAAACACGACGAUCUGGAUAAUACUCCGUUGAAGGCUCGUAGCAGUAGCCUAAGCUCCAAAAUUAAAGGGAAAAACGGCAAAAGCGUAUCUUCCUUUCACAGUUCCUCCCACCACAAUGGAAAACCCGGUAGUUCCAGUGGUAGCAGUUCGAAAACGUCCAUACACGAGACUAAUCCACCGACUGAUGCUACUAGCAGCAUGGUUCCGAGCUCUCGGGACCAUCAAAAGCACGAAUCUGUUUCCUCUCAUACAGCCACUCUCAGUGGCCUUCUAGACAAAAAAGGCUCCUUAUCUUCUACCUCAUCCGGUGUCAGCAGUGACAGCACAUCAUCCCUCAACAUCCACAACAAUCCCUCACCGUUGGGAAAGGGGGGGAAGCGGAGCAGCUCCAAGCUCGCAUCAUCCGCUUCAUCUUCAUCGUCGUCCUCCUCGUCCUCAUCAUCAUCCUCAUCAUCGUCGUCGUCAUUCAGUACGACCAGUGGCAAUGGCGGUAGUAGCAGCAGCAGCAGUAGUAGUAGUAGCAGCAGCAGUACUUCUAUUCCUACCAGCAGUAAACUGCAGUCUUCCAGCAGUGACCGGAAAAGUGAACACCGAAGGGAGUAUGAUCCGGACAGGCACUGUGGUGUAACUUCCAGCGAUGGUAAAAGACGCUGCACGAGGACACUCAACUGCAAAUCCCAUUCGGUUUCGUUGCGGCGGGCCGUACCAGGGAGAAGCAAGAGCUUCGACAAACUUCUGUCAGAACAAAAAUCCGCAUCGCUAGGCCAAUGUGAGAGUUACAUCGAUGUGGAAUCAUCCAGCAACUCAUCGUCAGGUUUCGAUGCCGAUGGACGCGCUCGAAGUGCUUUGGCUGCCGUUGGAAUUGAAACUAUAUCAGAGCAUCUUUCCUUCACCCCUGAGAAAUCUAGUCCCCGCAACGAGAGUGCACCUUCCACCCCUGGCUGUCUCAAAGCUGCCAGCAACUCUAGCCUAAUAUCUUCACCGUCGUCGACAGUUGCGAAGUCAGCGGAAUUCAAAAAUGACCGAUCAAGGCAUAAGCAGCGUUCGUCUACUCAUUUGAAAGCAGCAGUUUACCAGCAAGACACAUCGACAGCGUCAAAUGCAAAUGUAGAUCAGACUUCACAGAAAAACAUUGCUCUUUUGCGAGCUAGCAAAUCACAACGGGAGCAGCCGUUGACUAUGCCUGUCGCUGCAGAGCUUCUCACGCAUCAUUUUGUUGAAGAAAAUCCCGACACUAUUCUCUCGGACAUGGUAGAGAACACGAAUCUUCUCAAACUGUCUGUCUCCGGUACAUUGCAUCCCACCAAUCAAAACGAAACGCCAGAAGAAUCUAUUCAACAGUUUGCGGCUAAUCUUAUGCAGGAGCAACAAUUAACCGUAACAGUCCCCCUAUCUGUGAUAUCCUCGAUGAAUAUUUCUGGAAGUAACAUGGUUAAUGUCAAUGCCGGAAGCGAUGAUCCUAGCGCUAUUACCUCUACCACGGCUGCCUUGAAUGAGGGGGCGACCGUGACGAUGCAAACUGGGCAAAUUCUUGCUGCGAACGGUUCCACCGGGGAUAGCGAACUGACAAGAGCUGAACAGUUUAUCCCAGCUGAGCUAAUCAAUCAACUUCCGUUGGUUCAAACAACGGUGGAUGGAACUGAAAUCCAUGAUCCCAACCAAUACAUAACUGCUUCCACAGGUCAGGAGCUAAGCGAACAUGCUUUGAUCUCAAACUAUAACGAUCAAAUAAAUUACACCAUUCAAACGCUAGCACAAAACCUGCACAACGCUGAACAACUCGCGGCUGGUCAAGCGCUAACGACGGAUUUAGCGGAAAGUAUUGACGAUAUCGUGCCAACAAUCAACCUACUGCCGGCUGCCGCAAAUCCACUCGUACUACCACAGUUGCAAGCCGAUCUGGCCGACUCUAUAAUCCUGACGCCGACCCAACUAUCGACAAUCUCGCAGUCCCUAGUGGAUCAGCAUUUCAUAGAGAAUGUUGCACUAAAGUCUGAACUUGAACUGCUAACCGUGAACACUCCUGUAGACAUUUCCAAGAUAAAUCUGCUACGAACGGUAGACACUGACUUCAUCAAGGAGCGCCAGCAGCAACAACAAAUGAACAGUGUUAUGUACCACGCUCAAAUCGAUGAGUUUCGUGGCGUCAAAAUGUGGUACAGUAACCUGCCAAAACCGCUACACGUUAACAAUUUUCAGUUGCGCAGAUUAGGUGGGGGCUAUGUUAUGAACCGAAAGUUGCUCAACAUUCGUAAAAAUCUUGUCAACGAAUCGAACAAUUUGUCCAAAUCGCUCAACUCACAGCUGUCCCCGAUUGGUGGUCCUCGCAGUGCGCUUAACUUUAACAGUUCGAGCGCCCGUUCCGGAGACCAUUUACUGUCACCAAUCACAGGACUAGGCAAAAGCAAAGAUUCCAACGGUGGGAUUGGACUUUCUAGCUCACCGGUGGGCACUCGCCCUGGCCAGAUUAAUCGUGGUCAAAGACGACUGAUACUGCCACAGGGUUCGAUUAAGAAACCAUCGGAAAAGACUUCUUGUUUGCUAAGUAACGCUUACUUUAAGAAUCUUAUUAGUUCAAUGCAACGGCAGCAGCAGCAGCACCACAGCACUAAUCAACAUGUUCUUGACACAGCAGCGUCAUCCAGCCUAAAGCGACCCGCUUCCUCGCUAACGUCCCUAUCGAACAAGCGGCUUAAAAUUAUAAAUAACCUGCAGAACUCAACUGCCCCACCCCAGAUGCUCUUGCAAGGUGGAAGCGGCAGCGGUAAAGUGAAGCCCAAAGUGUUAUAAUUGGUGAUUAGGAUCUACCCACUCGACGACGGAUUCGAAGGUGACACCGACGAUAGUGAAUAGACAGAGAGUUCCGUAGAUCCGGAAGCACUCAACCUUUACUGACACGCAUACAUUGAUAGACGCUUAUGGUUAUGCGCCGCGUACGCAAGUACAUUAGCACUUUGCCGCUGUUUGAUUCGGCCUGGCGCUCUGAAACGGUUGGCGCGAAAACGGGAAUAUAAUGGACUGAAGAAAAAAAGAUUUAGUAAUGUUUGUCUCUACGUAUAAUAUACAAUACAUAUAAAUAAUCAAGCAAAUGAUAUUGAACAAAUCAGCGGUAGAUACCGAUAUCACUCUAGGGACGCACUUCGGAUCCACGUACUCUAUUCUGAGAGUGUAUGUCAUAAGUGAAUCCAAUGUACCAAGCAUACACCGCGCGAUCUGCCCACCAUGCGGCGUUUUGCUAUAAUAUCGACUUUAAUUUAUUUUAACAGAAUUGUGUAGAAAUCAACCAAAUAACAAAGCUUUAUUUGUCACAAAUACAAACUGAUUUUCCUUUAUUAUUUAUUUUACCGUUUUGUAUUCGUUUGCGUAGAUUUCUCGCGAGGGCGUCCCUACUGCGGAUAUCAUUAAUUGUAUGGCGCGUUCUCUGCUUCCGUUGAUGAAGAGCACCAUAGACUACUCUAGAGUUGUAAUCCAUCGACCCUAUCUGGUAUAUUUUACUACAAUCGAGUAUAGCAAGCUUCAAGCUGGAAAACAAAAGAAGAAAUAGUUAAGAAGAAACAGAAGCUCGUAGACAGAAAAAUAUAACGGAACCUUCUCCUGCAUAAAUAAUUACUCACUGAAUUGCAAGCAAAACUAAAUGACAGACGCAACAUUGAAACUCUGUAAAAUUAGUCCGUUUUUUUUUGUAAUGAGUCCAAAUACACGUAUGUUGAAAAUCA